GGCGGCGGGAGCCGCGCAGGCUGCAGGCCAGGAGGACGCCAUGGGCCGCCUGCACUGCACGCAGGACCCUGUGCCGGAGGCUGUGGGCGGCGACAUGCAGCAGCUGAACCAGCUGGGCGCGCAGCAGUUCUCAGCCCUGACAGAAGUGCUUUUUCACUUCCUAACUGAGCCAAAAGAGGUGGAAAGGUUUCUGGCUCAGCUCUCUGAAUUUGCCACCACCAAUCAGAUCAGUCUUGGCCCCCUCAGAAGCAUCAUGAAAAGCCUCCUUCUGGUUUCAAAUGGUGCCUUGAAGAAGAGUCUCACAGCCGAGCAGGUCCGGGCUGAUUUCAUAACUCUGGGUCUUAGUGAAGAGAAAGCCACUUACUUUUCUGAAAAGUGGAAGCAGAAUGUCCCCACCCUUGCUCGAUGGGCCGUAGGUCAGACUCUGAUGAUUAACCAGCUUAUAGAUAUGGAGUGGAAAUUUGGAGUGACUUCUGGGAGCAGUGAAUUGGAAAAAGUGGGAAGUAUUUUUUUACAAUUAAAGUUGGUGCUUAAGAAAGGAAACCAAACUGAGAAUUUAUAUAUAGAAUUAACCUUGCCUCAGUUCUACAGCUUUCUGCAUGAGAUGGAGCGAGUCAGAACCAGCAUGGAGUGUUUCAGCUGAUUUCUGUCCCCCUGCAUCUCCACCUUGCCCCCUCCCCUGCCGCCUCCACUUCUGUGGGUGACUAUUCUAAGAAGCACCUCACUCUCAGGCUGGUGGGGCACUGAUUUGACUCUGCUUGCUUCUUGGGAGCCCAGGUGCAAAGACUUCUGAAAAACAACAGGAUUAAGUACUUAAAGAGCCCUACACAAUUACCCUGUAAAUUCUUUGUUAAGGGAACCUCCACCACCUAUCUCCCAGAACACUUGUUAGAUAUUCAAACAGACUAGCAUCUCAGAUUCAGGGAGGAAAUACGGGAGUCACCUCCCCAUCAAAGUUCCAGAGUAAACAAAUGGUGCCAUCACUGAAGAUGCAGGCUGAUCACCCUCCCCACAAAAAGCAAGGGCUUGUUUAUGGCUAGGAAGAAGAUCACUCUGUUAAUGACACACGGAUAGUCCCUAACAAGAUUUCUACAUUCUAUGGUUGUGGGAUGGUGGUGCAUUGCUAAUCAUUUUUUUUAAAUAUGUUUUUUUGAUUUUCCAGAGGGAGA